GUCAAAGAUCCUAGCAGGAACUAUGCCCGUGUUGAUCUUCGUCCAAGUCCAGCGAGCUCUUUGAACCCGGGUAGCGAACUGGCUCUUGUUGGCAGCUUCAUCUCGGGCUCACAUUCGUCGCAAUCGAGUGUAUCUCCGGCCUUUGGUUCCAUACACAGCACGGCCGUGUCCUCGAACCUCGGUCUCUCCAGUUUCCUUUUCUCAGGCCACCGCACUCACCCAUUCACUCAUUCCCAACACCAACCUCAGACACACCAUCUAACUUUGAAACAAACUAGACCUAACCACGACGAAUUGAGCAAUCCGCCCACACCUACACCUACUCCUACCACUACUACCAUCACCAAUAUUACCAUACCCAAUAUCAAUUCUACUAAGGCCUGCGAACCCAGCCCCUACGUCAACUCAUCGGUACUAAAUUUAGGCUUUUCCCGCCCUCUUUUGAAGACCUCAAUUCCUUCUUGCAUUAGAGUUAGUAAAUGUUCCACAGUAAGCUGUAGUGGCGGCACAUCAAAUGCUCGGAGGAGUUCACCACUUACCACUGCCAUUCAUAGCUCCGGCUGUGGUCCCUCCAAUCAUCCAGCCGGCUUCCUCGUACCUCAGACAAAUUUAUCAGGGUCUGAAGAGAUGGCCCAACCUCGUAACAGUCGUCGUCGGCACAGUCAUUCCAUUUCUUCUGCUACGCCUUCAGCUUACCAGCAUCAUCAACACCCACUACCCCCAUCAUUUCUUCCAGUCACUAAAGAAACAGGUCUAUCCGGGCGUUACAAUGACUCAACCAUUGUGCUUAACUAUGUGCCUGUGAUUGCAACUCCGGCUUCUGUACUUGGGCACUCCGGUCACAGUCUUGGCUCCAGUGCCGUCACUGAUCAGGAUGUUACUCGAGCACCCAGCGGCCGAGUCUGUACUGGAUCAUUUAUUGAUUCGCCUCUAGAAUGUUGUUUCAGGUCUCCUACAGCUAUAGAUCAGAUGUCGCAGUCGAUGACUGAAACGUACUCUGCUUCUUUAUCUAUCGCUUCCUGUGCUACUACUCAAGUCACCCCGGUCGGUGCGGAAAUUUUGGCAGCCUCCGGUAUUGAGGAGAAGCGAAGCAUUAGUACCUUGGUUGGGGGCAAUAGUCUGUCCAGUUUAUCAGCCGUGGCGGCAUCAAUCCCUGCCACGGGUCUUGUAUCUGAUGCUAUUUCUGUUUGUCCCCAAGUAGAAAAAUUGGUUCCUGUUAAUGUCAGCCAGCUUCAUAACAAUGGCGAUGGCCUUGUCAACUACACACAGGUUGACUUUGCUCGCACUCUGGCCUUGGGCGAAGUAAAUGGUGAUAUUUCAGGGACUGAGGUUGCAACUGGCCACGGUCAUUGUCAUGGAAACCAAGAGCAUUCACUCCACCGCGGCCGAGGUUCCACGGGGCCCGGCCACCAUCACUUACAACAGCAUCACCGUCAUCAGAACGCCGAGGGUCUAUCCGGAAUGGAGAUAUCCUUUUCGAAAACCGCUAAUUCACAUGCUAUUGCUAAUGCAGCUGCCAGUGCUUGUGCUGACUCUUCAAUUACUGAUGUUGAGUACUGCAGUCCUUUAUCUUCCUCUCCACAAGCCCUACGCCAUCAUCACCAGCAGAAUCAUUUUCAGCAACAGCAUCACCAGAUGGCUAUCGCUCUGGUAAAUGGGCUGGCAGGCAAGGUGAAUAGAUCCGCCUCGGUACGAAAGGCACUGAGUCGGAUGAUCGGACGUGGUGGACCAAACAGCCGAAAGAAAGCGGAACGUUCAUCCAUAGUGUCUACAGAUAGCGCCGGGAAUGGGUGA